AUGGGCGGGGGUGUCAAGCACAGCAGCUGGACGGAAGCGCGCAAGUCUGGGGAGCCCUUGCCGGCGCGGCACCACUGGCGCCCUUGUCUCUCGUUCUUGGCGCCCACCUCCCUGGAAGCAGGUGCCGAAGUGACGGUUGUCGCCGCCCAUGACGAUGAGGGGGUCUGGUUUGCCUGGCCGACUCCAGAUGACAGUGUCCCCUCCCGCUGGCUGCCGGGAAUCACGGCGAUCCCUCCGGAACGGGAAAGGCUGCUCAUCGCAUCCAGCGAGUCUUACCAGUGCUUCUUCCGCGCGGCUCUGUCACAGGCUGCUUCGAGGGGCCCUGGCAAGGUCCUCCUCCUCCCUGCCGAGGAUAACUGGUGCCUCAGAGCACUUGAUGAGGCCCUGGCGCAGGCAAGAGAGGCCGUCGAGGUCUUCGUGCCCAUGAGGUCGAAAGCCUUGGCCAAACUCAGGGCGCGAGGGCAGUGGCCGGAUGGUCUUCAGGCGGUGGAGCCGGGCGAGGCAGGGGAGGACUAUGUUGCGACCGUGCUGGAGCCAUUCGCCGCCGGAGAGGCCAGGCCCUGGUGCCUCGCCGCGGCGCUGCGGCGCCGCGGGGCGCCCGGCCCGACGUCGCCGGCAGGAGUCCACAUCGUAGCGGUCUUGGUGGAGUGCCAGGGCGUAUGGAUGGCCAGGCAACCGCUUGGGAGCCUUUGCGGGCUCUCGAUGAAGGCGGCCAACCCCUUCCUUGUGCCGGCGCGGAAUCGGCCGCUGGAGUGCAACCUGUGUGAGAUGGCGUGGCGGGCGCUGAGCAGUCCGUGCCGCGUCCUUCACCUCGACCUCUCCUCCGACGGCCCAGCCGAGUCGGCGAUGAGGAUUGGUGCAAAUGCUGCGGGCAGGUGCCAUGGGAUUGCAAUGUGGGCCGAGUUCGAGAUUGAGUCAGCUCGUCUGAGCACAGGUCCCUCCUUCAGCGUGCCCACGGGCUGGAGCCAAGCCUUGCACCUGCUCGAGGAGCCCCUGGACCUGCAGGAGGGGUCGGCCCUUGAAUUGCACCUGAGCGUCACGGACCAGGAGGCGCAUGUCAAGAUCAACCUCUCUCCUGAGAGCAGCAAGCGCCAGAGAUGCACCUGA